AUGAUUUCUAACUCGGAAAUUCGAGAGGGCUACCUUCGAAUUUUCAUUCCAUUGUGUGCUGCGGAUUUAUUUUUAUUCUUCUCCGUGGUGAUGGCUAUGUACACUAGUUAUGAAUACGGACAUGAUGCAUUCUGGGACAUAGAAUUCCCCAAUAGGUCUAAAACUAUGUCCAACGAAAGUGGUCAGUCUAUAUGUGGUACGACGAAUGCGUCUGUGCAGGGGGAUCAGGAAGAGCAAAUUGUCCAAGCGGUUGUAUCGAAGUGGAACUUGUACAUCUCCAUAGCCCAGGGGGUGCCCCUGAUCUUCUCUAGUCUGUUUUUCUCCUCGCUGAGUGAUUUCUUUGGACGAAGACCAUUUCUUUUACUUGGAACGCUUGGUGUCUGCAUUAAAUAUUGCUUAAUGACUUUAGCUGUUAUUUUUCAAUGGAAUGUAUAUCUCUUCAUACUCUUCUCAUUUGUAGACUCUUUGUGCGGAAGUUGGGUGACUCAGCUUGCAAUUGCCAUGUCUAUUCUCUCAGACUUAACAGCUUCGGGAAAAAGCAGAUCCUUUUUUAUUGCGGUGUUCAGCUUCGUAUUUGGCUUAGGGUUUUCUCUAGGGUCAUUUCUAUCAGGUUACAUGGUGACGCUUUUGGGGUAUGAUUACUCUAUGGCCAUAGCCUGUGGAUUGUCUGCCAUAGCAUUUAUCAUCACGUGCUUUAUCCCUGAGACGCUAUCCAAUUCACAAAGAAAGCAGAAUUUCUCUUGUAUGGGGAAUGUGAAAGAAAUUUUUAGAUUUUACAUGAAAAAAGAUCCAACUUAUGCAGGUUUUACUCGUUGGAAGUUUAUCACGUUAAUUCUGUCCUUCACUUUAAUAAUGAUGAGUAGGCUCGGCAGUUCCGCAUUUGAAACAUUUUACUUACUAGACUCGCCGUUUUGCUUCAGCCCAGAAAAAAUAAGUAUAUUUGAAACGGCAAGAACGUGUAUUUCUGAAAUUAUGAUUUUAGCCUUUAUCAAACUAAUGCAAAGAUGUCUCAGAGAUGAAGUCAUUGCCUUCCUAGGCUCAAUAUCCUCUGUGGCUCUGUUUAUAGUGUUUGGAAUAGCGCCAUCAACAACGUUUUUGUACAUAGCGGUGAUCAUUGGCAGUAUAGGGAUGUGUUCUAUACCACUCAUCAGAGGAAUUCUUUCAAAGAUGACCCCUAUUCACAACCAAGGUGUUCUAUUCGGUGGGAUAGCUGUUGUGGAGAACAUUUGUAACCUAACGGGUUCCAUCAUUGGUAACGCCAUCUACUCGGAAACCGUGUCUUUCUACAAGGGAACAGCGUACCUCGUGUUUGCUGGGUUCCUGUUUGUAGCUAUGGUACUGUUAAUGUUCUUGAUGAAAGACACCCCACAGAACUAUAAUAGAAAAGGGACGGUCUCGUCCCAAACAGACCUGAUCAACUGAAUCAACAGACCUGAUCAACUAAAGAAAUGGGACUGGGUGGAUCAACUAAAGAAAUGGGACUGGGUGGAUCAACUAAAGAAAUGGGAAUGGAUUGAGCAACAUAUUAUUUAUAAAGCAACAUAUUUAUUUUCAUGUAUCCAAGUCAUACACAAUUAAACAUGUAAUUAAUUAUUGUACCGUUUACUUUCUUAAGGAAAACAAUAUCACAUAUUAAUAAGGUAACAGUUGUAAGCUACAUACACCAUACCCAAAAGCAUAUUUUAAAAUAUUAUUAU